UAACGAUUUUACGCCAGUUCGUUUACUCCGUUCGUACAGUACCUCUUCCCAACGGAAGCAUUGAAAGGCGUAUCCUUUUGUUCGGCGAUCGUAUCAGGUUGUGAGAAAACACUUACGUCAUAGAACGGUAUAAAAACAGACAAGCGGCGCUGCUAGCUUCAUUCAUCGUUUCCUACUUACUUGUGUUUGUAUCUGUAUCGUCGUCGUCGCCGCCGGGUGGAGUCGAAUCGCGUCCGAAUCCAACAUGGAGGUUGCUACCGAAAGCAUGAUCGAUAAAAUUUAUUUUCCUAACAAGAAUAUCGAGAAAAAUGCUUACGUUUCGAGCUUUAAAGAAUACAGUCACAUGUACCAGACGUCGAUUAACGAUCCCGAAACGUUUUGGGGUGAUAUAGCUAAACAGUUUCACUGGAAUUCCUUUUGGAAAAAAGAUUUCUGCACUUAUAAUUUUAAUGUGGAGAAGGGUGAAAUCAGCAUACGCUGGAUGGAUGGUGCUUCCACUAACAUUUGUUAUAACGCGCUGGAUCGUAACGUGGAGAAAGGCUACGGUGACGAGAUAGCUUUUUUCUGGGAAGGAAAUGAUCCUGGUGACACCAGAAAAAUUACAUAUAAAGAAUUACUACAAGAAGUGUCUAAAUUUGCAAAUGUUCUAAAAUUGCAAGGAAUUAAAAAAGGUGACAGAGUUGCUAUAUAUAUGCCAAUGAUUAUUGAAUUGGUAGUAGCAAUGUUGGCAUGUGCCAGAUUAGGAGCAAUUCACUGUAUAGUAUUUGGAGGAUUCUCAUCUGAUUCCCUGACUGAAAGAAUAUUAGAUGCAAAAUGCACACUUCUCGUUACAGCAGAUGGGGUGUGGAGAGGAACAAAAUUGGUAAAUCUUAAAAAUAUAGUGGAUGAUGCCAUUGAAAAAUGUAAAGAUAAAGGACAUAGUUUAAUUGCUAAUAUUGUUGUACGCCAUCUAAGUCCACCAUCAGAGAUAAAUGGAUGCAAUACAAAAGUGUGUCAGCCAGCUAAAAGGCCCACAUAUGAUUUAGAAAUCACAUGGAAUUCAGAAAUAGAUAAAUGGUGGCAUGAUGAAAUGUCUAAUGUAGAUGAAGAGUGCAAGCCAGAAUGGAUGGAAGCAGAGGACCCUUUAUUCAUUCUUUACACAAGUGGAUCUACAGGCAAGCCAAAAGGAGUACUACAUACUACUGCCGGAUAUAUGAUAUAUGCAGCAACAACCUUAAAGUAUGUCUUUGAUUAUCACAGACCAGAAGUUUAUUUCUGUACAGCAGAUAUUGGCUGGAUUACUGGCCAUUCAUAUGUUGUGUACGGACCAUUACUAAAUGGUGCAACUAGUGUUCUUUUUGAAGGAAUACCAACUCAUCCAGAUCCUGGAAGAUACUGGGAUAUUGUUGAUAAAUAUGGAGUUUCUAAAUUCUAUACAGCUCCAACUGCUAUUAGAGCAUUAAUGAAAUUUGGAGAAAAUUAUGUAAAAAGAUAUAAGAGAGACACAUUAAGAGUUUUAGGAACUGUAGGAGAACCUAUCAAUCCAGAAGCAUGGGUUUGGUAUCACAAAGUAAUAGGAAAUGGACAAUGCUCUAUAGUUGACACAUUUUGGCAAACAGAAACAGGUGGUCAUGUGUUAACUCCAUUACCUGGAUGUACACCCACUAAACCAGGAUCAGCAACAUUUCCAUUUUUUGGAGUUAUACCAGCUAUUGUUGAUGAAAAUGGUAAAGAGAUAACUGGACCAGGUGAAGGAUAUUUGGUUUUCAAAAGACCUUGGCCUGGUAUGAUGAGGACUGUGUUUGGAGAUCACAAGAGGUUUGAAACAACAUAUUUUCAGAAAUUUCCUGGUUAUUAUUGUACAGGAGAUGGUGCUAGAAGAGAUGUCGAUGGAUUCUUUUGGAUAACAGGAAGAAUAGAUGAUAUGCUUAAUGUCUCAGGACAUUUGUUAUCCACAGCAGAAGUUGAAUCAGCUUUAAUAGAACACAAAGCAGUAGCAGAAUCUGCAGUUGUGUCACAUCCUCAUCCUGUUAAAGGAGAAUGUUUAUAUUGUUUUGUUGUUUUAAAAGAGGGACAAAAAUUUACAAAUGAAUUAAUUAAAGAUUUAAUUUUAAAAGUACGUACAAAAAUUGGAGCUUUUGCAGCACCUGAAUACAUACAUCAUGCUAGAGGGUUACCCAAGACACGUUCCGGAAAAAUCAUGAGACGCAUACUUAGGAAGAUAGCAAGAAAUGAUCGUGAUCUUGGUGAUACAAGCACUUUAGCAAACGAAAAUAUUGUCAACGAAUUAUUUGACACACGACCAGCUAAUGCAUAAUCUUUCACCAAUUCUGUAGUUGAUAAAAUUGCCACUUUCUAUUACUGCUUUUUAUCUGCUGUGAUAUGUACAGAAUAGUAACUUCUAGAUCUAAAAAGUUGCAUUUAUUCACUUGCCUUUAAUCAUAUUUAGCAACAUAUGUAUCUGUUGCUAUAUGCAUUUUUUUUUAUAUGCAUAUAAUAUUACUUACCUAUCUUUAAGAUUUUAUAAAUUUUCACUAGGAAUUAUAAAUUUAUACUUAAAAUGAAUUAUUAAAUGAUUAUUUAU